CUCGCAUUCGGACGAGGCGUCACCGAAUUCAUUGAAUUUAAGAGAUCCCGACGUCCGCCAUGCACAUCACCUUGCUGCUGCGGCCCCUGGCUGCGUCGCUACUCGCGGCUGUCGCCCUGCUAGCGGCCGCCCCGUGUGUGUCCGGCGAGGCGGAGCUGAAGCGUGCCAUCAUGCUGUCGCGGCACGGCAACCGAGUGCCCAACGAGCCGACCAUCGACUUCUGCCCCGCCUACAAGAGCACGCUCGAGAAGUUCUACGGCGCCUCCGGGCAGCUGACGGGGGUGGGGAUGAGCGAGAUGUACCAGCUGGGUGCCUGGGCGCGGCACCGGUACGUCUACGAGAAGGGCUUCCUGCCGCAGCACUACUCGGACGACAACACGCUGUUCUUCCAGAGUGAGCUGGAGGACCGCAACAUUAUGAGCACCGUGGCCUUCGGCAACGGCCUCUUCCCUGACGGCACCGGGCCAAGGGGAUACCUCGGCAGACGGUACGCAUCCAUGCCAUGCAAGACACACACACAGCACAUGCACAUCACAUGUGGAUGGGAUGGGAUGGAUGUGUUGCAUGCCAUGCGAUGCAGGCCUCAGGUGCUGCCGAUCCAGAGCGUGACGCCCGGCUACGACGACCUGUUCAACUCGCCUCGUGACGGCAUGUGCAUCGGUCGCUCGAGCAAGGACAAGAAAGAGAUCGCCAAGCAUCUCGAGGCCACCCUCACGGACGAGCAGCGGUCCAUCCUGCGAAAGGUGGGCGAGGCGUGCAGCUACAACGUCCUCAACGUCGACAAGAUGACCCACGGCGCCUUCACUCUCCCCGACUGGGUCAAGAUCAUCGACGACUCUUUCCUCUUCGCCGAGACAGAGUCCUUUGACAUGUCGCUCGACGGCAACCUCCUCCCAAAGGACCUCAAGGCCUUCCAUGACUUCGCAUUCGACUGGAUGAUGUACGCCUUCUUCGGCACCGAGGAACAGGUCACCUACUGGGCGGGCCGCUUCCCCGCCAAACUCAUGGAGCUCUUCGAGAGCACCCCGGGGUACAAGACAGCUUCAGAGGAGGGGGCCAAGGAGGGGGAGGGGGGUGGGGGCGGCCCGCUGGCGGCUGCCGCGGGCAACCCCACCAAGAUGUACGUCUUCCUGAACCACCGGGAGCUGCUGUAUGCGGUGCUGAAGCUGUUCGACGUGCCGGUGACUCUGCCGGGGCACAUCCCCAGCUACCUCGUGACGGCCAGCACCAUCGUGUGGGAGGUCUACCAAGAGGGAGACGAAGAGGUCAGUUCAGUCAGGGAGAGGGGCAGGCAGGCUAGGAGGGGAGGGGCCCACAUCGCAUACACACGAAAGAAACACACACACGUAGCGUACGGAAUCGAAUCGAUUCGUGUGUGUGGUGCUGGUGUGUGUCAGCCGUACGUCAAGACGUUGAUAUGGUGGCCGACGGACCUGGAGGAGGGCGACCUCGACAAAGACACCAACCCACUCAUCAACAGUAAAGGUAGGUAGGUAGCUUGUGACGUGACCAACCACACACACAUUCCAUUCCACCACAAGAAUGGGCGGUCUCUCAUCUCAGGCAACUACAUCGAAGUCACUCCCACGAUCUGCGAGUCGCUCGGGUAACAGAACACACAUGCGCACACCACACCCGCCACGGCAGGUCGUCUGUCUGUGUUGAUCUAAUUGCGUGUUGUGUGUGCGUUGUGUGUGCUGUGCAGUGGCAAGUGUCCGGUGUCCAAGUACAAGGAGGCGUUCCAGCAGUGGGUGGAGACCACCGGCAGCUACAAACAGCUAUGCCUCCCAUACUACACACCACCCGAGCCGCACGUCGCGGUCAGCAUCUACCACACAAACACCCACACACACAUGUCAUUGAUUGCAUGUGUCGUGUUGUGUGCUUGCAGGGUCAGUUGCUGGAGGUGGACAGCGCCGCGGACGUGACCCCCAACCUCCGCGGCUCGGACGCCACCACCAUCAACCAGAUAUUCGCGUAGACACACACACACUCUCACACACACACACUUAGACACACAGAUAGACUUGCAUAGAGACGAAGGCAGCGCAGGCUGGCUGGCUGGCUGGGUGUGUCUGUAUACACAUGGAUGGUGGGCACUGCCUCAGACAGACUUACUGGCGAGUAGGGGGGGGCGUGGGCGUGCUCAUGGUGGUUAAUGGAUGGAGAUGUGUGUUCUUUCCCCCCUUUGCUGGACAUUCUGCUUUCUUUCGCCAGUGCUGGCGAUCUGCCUUGGUUCUUUUUGGCUGAUGGUUAUUUCGGAUCUCGCCCUGCUGAUUCGGAAUGUCCGUCACCCUCAAGUGUGCAAGGCGAUCGCCGGAACGAAUCGACCGAUGUCGCGAGAGAAAUAUGCAGCGAGUGCAUGCCCCUCCCCCGCCCUCCCUCCUUGCUGCUAGGAUCGGUAGGUAGGUAGCUAGGCCUGAUGGUGCUAUGCCAUGUGUAUGGUUUGCUCGUCCCGACCCACCCCAACCAUCCUCACAAGUGAGUGAGGCCCACAGUUUUCCCCCGUCCGCGAUGCGUCGAUCGCUCUGCGGACCGACACCGGUCUGCUUCUUGGCAGAGCGAGUUUUGAAUUCGUGUGGUCUGCCUUUUGAUUGCAGCUGCCUAGUGUAGUGUGCUGUGUGUGGUGUGAAUGUGCGGCGUGUGGCGUUUGGUUUUUGGGUGCUUGCAAUUGCUGGCGGUCAUGUCGCGCGGACGGUCGGUCCACUUUGGAAGUGCUGUGCGGCAACCCAACCUUACCUUGCUUCCUUCCUAUCUGUAAGUCCCAACUCUUGAGAUGAGAUGUGUAUGUCGAUAUGGUCUUCCUUGCUGCCGAGUGCAUGACAUGCAUACAGUUUUUGUGUGCAUGCUAUGCCCUUUUGCCUGGCGUGGCGUGGCUGUCCGUCUGUCUGUAUAGGGUGGGUGGCCCGGGGGGGUAUACAUACAUUUGUAUUAUGUAUGUCUACGUGGAUGUGUGUGUGGGGGACCGAUUGGAUUGAUGACUAGCGCAUAUAUAUGCUGCCAUGCCAUCCGUCGAGUCGAUGAACGUAGAUAUCUUGCACGUGACAGAUCGACACCCAGAUGCUUCGAUCGAAAGGAUGUUGAUCA